AUGACAGACGACAAACCCACCGAAUACGUCACCCUCGUCUCAAACGACGGCUUCGAGUUCAAGAUCCUCCGCUCAGCAGCCUGUAUAGCAGGCACGAUCAAGAAAGCACUGGAUCCACUUUGUGAUGGUGUGGUGCUAGAGAAGGUCUGCGAGUACCUCUACUACAACCAGAAGCACGCGGAAAGCAAAGACGUGUCAGAUAUGGACAUCCCGCCAGAGCUAUGUCUGGAGUUGUUGAUUGCAGCGGAUUAUCUGGAUGUGUGA